AUGGCUUCUCCUUUCAGGCCCGCAUCACCUGCAGAGGACCUUCCAGCCUACUACCAGGAUCUAGAAGACGAAAACAUCCGAUACUGCUUCCGAGAUUUCGACUCAGAACGCAACUUUGAUCUCUUUGACAGGCAGACCAGAGAUCCCCGGAGUAACAACUUCUGUAUUGACUUUGGCGAAGACAAAGCCUACUGUGCUUUCGACCUUGAUGCACAGUCAUAUGAGAAGCUGCUCAACGCACCAAGGCCGACAGAGUUGCAUACACGAUGGAUCCACAUAUGGAUGCCUUACAACCAGAAGGAUCUGAUCCGGACGCUGGCUACACACUUUGACUUUACACCACGUCUUAUGGGCCUGAUGAAGAGUGACCCCAUAAACCCACGCACUGGGACUUCGCUGCGAGCAAAGAAGAGCUCUUCAACUCUGAGGUCACUGAUAUCGCACAAAUCGGGCAGCGGUGAAAAGGACAAUUCAGUCAGGGAGAGAGCGAGACAAGCAAACGAAGAGAUACUGGAUGAAGAGUCGAGCAUUGGUAUGACGAGCAUGAUGCAGUCUACACAGAUGGAGAUGGUGCGGGACAUGGGUCACUACCAGCUGGUGAAUGAUGUAUGGCAUUGGAGUACUGUGGACAAGGGCCGAAGAUUAAACACUCAACACCACGAUGACUGGGAAGACCAAAGCAGAGAAGUCCCCCAAGGCAGUCGCGUCUGGAACUGGCUCGCCCUCUGCGAAGGCAAAACCGUAAUCUCCAUCUCCGAAGACCCCUUCCCCUUCUCCAACGGCACCCUCACAGCCCAAGACCUGCGCACCCUCUUCACCACCCGCCGCAACCUCGUCAACGUCUUCCGCCAACUCAGCAAAGCACCCACCCCCCUCCGCGACGCCGCCCUGGUCCAACUGCCCCUCCGCCAGCGCCUAGGUAGAAGCCAAGAAGAAACCGCCCACCGCCCCACCGACGCCCCGGGCCUCCUCUUCUACUACCUCUUCGAAGACUGGGGCGCAACCUUUGACAUCAUCUCCCGCCGCGAACAAGGCUACGGCGCAGAACUCGACCGGCUCCGUCGUGAAAUGCUCGUAAAAGCCAAUCUGACUCAUGUCGACCAACUCCACCACAUCGGCUGCCAACUCAGCGUGCUAAAGCGUGUAUAUCAAAGCUACGAACUCAUCAUCGAGCGCGUCCUCCGCAAACAAGAAGUCACUCUCGCUUCCCUCAAGAACUCGCAUAUCCUCUCCGGCGACGCAUCGCUAUCUUCCACCUACGCAUUCGGCGAGGCCCCAGCUGCGGCUGUGACGUCGCUCCCGCCUGGCGCCCUCAUCCCCGAAGCAGAUAGCCUGCUAGGUGUAGCCCUGAGCUCCGCAGCCCGCGUCCGCUUCGAGCGCCUCAAAGACCGCAUUGUGCUGUAUGCGCUCAGCGAGAUACAGGAGUGCCUCGAUCAGAAGGAGUCGCUUGUCAUGAUGAAUUUCAAUCUUAUUGCCAUCAAGGAGUCGUAUAGUGUGGAGCGGCUCACGUGGGUUACGCUGCUGCUUGCGAAGAUUACCAUCUUGUUUACGCCGGUCACGCUGAUGACGGGGUAUUUUAGCAUUCAGUUCAAGGACUUGGUGUUUGAGAUGGGGAGCUAUUGGCAUAGCUUUGGCUAUGUGUUUGGGGCCAGUGCGGCGUUGUUGGUGCUGUUUAGUUGGGUUAGUGGCACGUUUGAGGGCAAGAUUGUUACGAGGAGUUGGACGAGGAAGGUGUAUGAUGGGGGGAGGAGGUGGUUGUCGGUGAGGAAGAGGAAGAGAGAAGAUAAGGUGUGA